UGGGUGGCCAGCAUCGAUGUGGUGGAGAACGAGGAGGCCAGUGCCAGUGUCAUUGUCCGAAUGACAGACUCCUUCACCGAGCAGGCGGACCAGGUCACUGCCGAGGUCGGAAAGCUCCUGGGUGAAGAGAAGGUGGACGCGAUUCUCUGCGUGGCCGGAGGAUGGGCCGGGGGCAACGCCAAGUCCAAGUCUCUCUUUAAAAACUGUGACCUGAUGUGGAAGCAGAGCGUGUGGACGUCGGCCAUCUCCAGCCACCUGGCCGCCAAGCACCUCAAGGAAGGCGGCCUCCUGACCUUGGCCGGCGCCAAGGCCGCCCUCGACGGGACCCCCGGGAUGAUCGGCUACGGCAUGGCCAAGGGUGCCGUCCACCAGCUCUGCCAGAGCCUGGCCGGGAAGAACAGCGGCAUGCCCGCCGGGGCGGCCGCCAUUGCUGUGCUCCCGGUCACCCUGGACACCCCGAUGAACAGGAAAGCGAUGCCCGAGGCUGACUUCAGCUCCUGGACGCCCUUGGACUUCCUGGUCGAAACCUUCCACGACUGGAUCACGGGGAAAAGCCGCCCGAGCUCUGGAAGUCUGAUCCAGGUGGUGACGGUGGAGGGCAGGACGGAGCUCACCCCGGCGUAUUUUUAGGCUUUAUCGCGGCCCGAGAGCGCCCUUCUAGAAAAGCCACUAGCCCAUCAGUGCCCCCCUGGCCCCGUGUCUUCUGUGACCUGCCGUGUGCCAUGUAUGACUCAGUGCUGUGCCCUCACUAACGUGCAGUUGCCCUCCUGGGACGUGUGCUGUGCUCACGUGAAGCGUAGCGUGUGAGGGGGAGGCCGGCGGGCAGCAACCGCCAUGUCGGCCAGACCGUCCACGUCGAUGUCCCGUCGGGGCUCCGUGACCCGCUCUGUCCCUGACGCUGGCCCCCGUCUUGAUUAGGCCGGUGCUUCGUUGGUGCCGGGGUUCUGAAGGCCAAACUGAUUGAGUCCCGUUUACGUCUUAAAUGUAGUUUCUGCAGCCUUCAAUUAAACUGCCUUAAACUCCC